CCUACCCACGACCCAAAACCACACAAGGAUAACUCACAUCCAAAUUUGAGCAAAAAUGAGGUCAGUUGUUCUCAUUUGCUUCAUUUUGAGCUUAGUUGCCGGAAAAUCCACAGCUGUAAUAGAGGUGUCGAAGUGCUAUCUCAACUGCAUGGCAGUGUGUGCUGUCCCAUCAAGCCUUCUCACGGUAGGCCUUUGUGCUUUAAAAUGCACAGCUGAUUGCAUUGCCAUUGCUUCUUCCCCUAUGAAUUUGAACCGUGUGGACACUCGUUACUUUUGUAAACUUGGUUGUGCCACCUCUUGUUGCACCAAAUCCAGCACCAAGAAAGACUUUGCCGAGAAGAAAGUAGAAAGCUGUGUGAACACGUGUGAUCAAAUAUGCAUGAAAGCUUAAGAAGCCAAAAAGAUGAAAGGAGAAAGAGCUGGGAUUGGCUUCAAUGAAUAAACAAAAAUCAGUGGUUAAAAAAAAACCAUUGGUUUAAAAGCCAUAUUCCAAAUUUAAGCGCAUAUAUAUAUAUAUAGUCUCAAGGUUGUUCACGUUAUGCUUUACUCAAUAUGAAAAAAAAUACGGUUGUAGUGCUUUUUCUAUGAUUAUAUGAGAAAAUGAAGUGUUAUGCUUUACUUUUACCAA